AUGUAGAGAACGUGAAACGAGGGCAUGUCGGGAAAACACGUGGAGAGAAGUGUAUUUUCACGCAGCUGACCCUGUCGUAGUGGGAUUUCAUUACUGUUUGCAAGCUUUUUGACAACAUAUAUCUAAUGUAACCACAAACGUGAGUACAGUAUAACAGGUAAUUUAGCAAGCACUAAAACAGAACCACAGACAUGGCUUCCGAGAAGAACCAGGGCGGCGAUGACGACCGCUUUCUCAAGGUGAAGAAGGACCCGCGCUUCUGGGAGAUGCCUGACAAGGAGCGCAAGAUCAAGAUUGAUAAGCGGUUCCAGUCUAUGUUCCACGACGACCGUUUCAAACUAAAAUAUACCGUCGACAAGCGUGGUCGACCGGUCAACCACACCUCGUCUGAGGAUCUGAAGCGGUUCUACAAACUGUCAGACUCUGAUUUCUCCGAUACUGAGCUGGAGAAGCAAGAGGGAAAGAAAAAGAAGGAGAAGAAGAAAAAGAAGGCAUCCAAAGCAGAGUUAGAGGAGAUUCAAGACGAAGAGGCGGAGGAAGAAGAGGAUAAAGAUGUAAAGACUUUAAAGAAAGACAAGAAAACCUCCAAACCAAAAGACACCCCACUCCUCAAGACGGUGCAGCCAACUAGAGGCGUUAAAGUCUACGAGGAAGGCGAGGAGGAGGAGGAGGAGCCAAGUGAAAAAGGAGAAGAAGAUGAUGAUUCUGGUGAUGAUGAUAUGGAGGGGGGUGUAUCAGAAGAUAGUGUGCAGGAAGGGGAGGGUGAAGAGGAUGACGAAGAGGAGGAUGACGAAGAAGAAGAUGAGGAUGAUGAUGAAGACACAGGUUCUGAGUCUGAGGUUGAGAGCGACGGUGACAGCGGCCCUGAUCUGGCCAGAGGGAAAGGCAACGUGGAGACCAGCUCAGACGAAGAUGAGGACGACGUGGAGGACAUCCUCCGUCGCGAGGGAGAGGAGAUCGUGCACGACUGGGGCGAGAUGUGGAAGGAUGCCCCUCGUGCUGAUGAGCUUUCCAGACGGCUGGCGGUGUGCAACAUGAACUGGGACCGGAUGAAGGCCAAAGACCUGCUGGCCCUGUUCAACUCCUUCAAGCCCAAAGACGGCGUGAUCCUCUCUGUGAAGAUCUACCCCUCUGAGUUUGGGAAGGAGCGCAUCCACGCAGAACAGACCCAGGGCCCUCUGGAGCUCACCGCGCUCCCGGAAGACUUUGACGACGACGCCGACACGGAGGAGAAAAAGUUGUACAGAGAGCGGAUCAGAGACUACCAGUUCAAGCGUCUGCGGUACUACUACGCGCUGGUGGAGUGCGACACGGUGACCACGGCAACGAAGGUCUACGAGGAGUGUGACGGCUUCGAGUACGAGAGCAGCUGCUCCACCCUAGACCUGCGGUUUGUUCCAGAUGACAUGAUCUUUGAGGACGAGCCCACAGACGAGGCUGUUGAUGUCGACCUGGCGAGCUACCAGCCCAAAAUCUUCAGCUCCACUGCCACCACCACUGCUAAGGUGGAGCUCACCUGGGACGAGACGGACCAUGAUCGUGUCACGGCUUUCAGCAGGAACUUCAACAAGGAUGAGCUGCUGGACAUGGACUUCAAGACCUACCUGGCAUCCUCAAGCGAGGAAGAGGAGGAGGAAGUGGAGGUGGAAGAGGAGCAGACUGAGGAAGUCCCCGAGGCUCCGGAGCCAGUGGUCGAGAGCAGAGAGGCGACACCGAGGGAGAGCAGGAAAAAGAGGAGCAAGGAGGACCAGAUCCUCAAGUACCGAGAGCUGCUGCAGGGCAUCCAGCAGAAGGAGCGCGACAAGGAGCGGGAGCACGACAUGGAGAUGGAGAUCACCUGGGUGCCAGGUCUGAAGGAGAAGACUGAGAAGCUGGUGAAGAAGAAGAUGGAAGUGAAGGAACAACUGACGCCAUGGGAAGAGUACCUGCAGAAGAAGAAAGACAAGAAGAUAGAGAAGAGGAAAGCUAAACAGGAGGCUGCAGAAGCUGAGAUCAGCGAUGACGAGCUUCCUGCUGACGUGGACUUCAACGACCCCUUCUUCUCCGAGGAGCUCGGCACAUCCGCUCCUAAGGGCAAAGGCAAGGGCAAGAAGAACAGGAAGGAGGAAGAAGAGAAGACGCCAGAAGAGGAAGAGGAGAUCGAGAGGCGGAAGGCCGAGAUGGCUCUGUUGAUGGAUGACGACGAGGACGAGAAGCACAAGCACUUCAACUUUGACAAGAUCGUGGAGGAGCAGAACCUGAGCAAGAAGAAGAGGAAGAAGCUGCUGAAGAGCAACACACCGCUGGAGGAGGACAACUUCCAGAUGGACCUGAAGGACCCGCGGUUCGACGCCAUGUUCACAUCGCACCUGUACAACCUGGACCCGUCCGAACCGGGCUACAAGAAGACCAAAGCCACACAGAGCUUCCUGGACGAGAAGCAGCGCCGCCGGGAGGAGAAGCAGCAAAAGCAGGAACAGGAAAUGACCAAAAAGAAACAGGAAGUGGCGGACGAGAGCGUGCCGACGACGUCGUCGUCGACGUCCAAGAGGAAAGAGACGGACCCCAAUCUGUCUUUACUCAUCAAGAACAUCAAGAACAAGACGGAACAGUUUCAGGCCCGCAAGAAACAGAAGAUGUAAUAGAGGGUUCUGUUUUAAAGGUGGGAAAGAAUUGAGAGCAGUACCCCAUCAUGUACUGUCCAAACUGACUUGAUUUACAAUUAAACCACCAAAAACUCUGGUUAAAUCCACCCCAUCAUCUACAUUCAGAAGUGUGCACUAGGACUCUCAUAACUGCUUCCUGAAAAUGGGAAACUUUUUGGAUACUUGUGGGCGAUCCAGCGACUUUCUAUGUAAGAUUUUCCUGUUUUGAGGCUAAAGUUGACUCCCCCCCCCCCCCCUCUCAUUAUCAUUAAAAGAGGACGACUCCAGAAAAAAAGUCACUUUCACAGAAACUGUUAACGUUUUUUAUUGUU